CCAGAUCCAGAUUUCCUGACAAAACGAUCUUGAGAGCAGCCUUCCCCAUACUCACUUUUUACGAUGGCUGCGCCAAUUACCACCGUUGCGGAGACCAAGGAGCUCCGGGGCCUGAACCUCAUCGCUGCGCAUUCCCACAUUAGAGGACUUGGAGUUGAUGGCGACUCUCUGCAGCCCCGGCCGUCCUCACAAGGACUUGUUGGUCAGGAGAAGGCCCGAAAGGCUGCCGCGGUGAUUCUACAGAUGGUCAAGGAAGGGAAGAUUGCUGGACGCGCUGUCUUGAUUGCAGGUCCACCGAGCACAGGUAAAACCGCCAUUGCUAUGGGUAUGGCGCAGUCUCUCGGGCCCGAUGUUCCUUUCACAAUGCUAGCAUCUUCGGAGAUUUUUUCAAUGGAGAUGUCAAAAACAGAGGCACUCACACAGGCUUUCCGCAAAUCUAUUGGUGUGCGGAUCAAAGAGGAAAGUGAGAUCAUUGAGGGCGAAGUAGUGGAAAUUCAGAUCGAUAGAAGUGUCACUGGAGGCAACAAACAAGGAAAGCUCACAAUUAAAACCACUGACAUGGAGACGAUCUACGACAUGGGUACAAAGAUGAUUGACUCAAUGACAAAAGAAAGGGUUAUGGCCGGAGAUAUCAUUUCUAUCGACAAGUCAUCAGGCAAGAUCACCAAGCUUGGUCGCUCCUACGCAAGGUCCCGUGAUUACGAUGCAAUGGGUGCAGAUGUCAAAUUUGUGCAAUGUCCUGAGGGCGAGCUUCAGGUCCGUAAGGAAAUCGUCCACACCGUAAGCCUUCACGAAAUUGAUGUCAUCAACUCCCGUUCACAAGGCUUUUUGGCACUCUUUUCUGGAGACACUGGUGAGAUCAGGAGCGAGGUUAGGGACCAGAUUAACACUAAAAUUGCUGAGUGGAAGGAGGAGGGCAAGGCAGAGAUCAUUCCUGGUGUGCUUUUUAUCGAUGAAGUGCACAUGCUCGACAUUGAAUGCUUUUCAUAUAUCAACAGAGCUUUGGAAGCGGAGCUUGCCCCCAUUGUGAUCAUGGCUAGUAAUCGCGGUCACGCCCGAAUUCGGGGCACAACGUACAAUUCCCCUCACGGGUUGCCUCUUGAUUUCCUCGAUCGUGUGGUCAUCGUGAGCACACAGCCAUACUCUGCCGAUGAAAUAAGACAAAUUCUCGCAAUCCGUGCGCAGGAGGAGGAAAUUGAUCUUUCCCCCGAUGCUCUAGCGCUUCUGACCAAGAUUGGUGAGGAGUCAAACCUUAGAUACGCUAGCAACAUUAUCACAACAUCGCAUCUCCUCAGUCAAAAACGCAGGGCUAAGGAAGUCAGCGUCGACGAUGUUCAGCGCAGCUACCGGUUAUUCUACGACCCUGCGAGAAGCGUUAAGUUUGUUAAUGCGUACGAACAGCGCUUUAUCGGUGACCAAGGGAACGUGAGCUUCUCUGCUACCAACGGAGAUGCUAUGGAGAUUUCAUAGACGCUAUCUGCAAUGCAGUUCUAGAUAUUUCGGUGUUGGACGGACGGAGUAUUUCAAAAGCCACUUAGGUACAUUCCCAUAUUAGGGUAGGAAGCCGGUGGCCACUUGGGAAAAUAUACCUUCCUACUAUUGUUGUGAUGCUUUUUGUUGUCCACAUCAAGUAAUUGAUGUAUGAUAAUCCUGGCGCUUGUUUAUGGCUUAGCUGUAUAUGGUAUUUUGAUAUUUGGGUUUUAAGUUGAAUUCUACCAAAAGAAAUGCUAGCUCUGAAUGAUAAUGAAGAUAUUAAUACUUCCCAC